AUGCGUUUUUUUGGUGUACGGACAGUCCAGAUUGCUUCUUUGGCUGGAUUCUCGUGGGGAGGAUCAAAGCUGGACGAUAUCCAAACAGCAAAACUCAGAACAUGCCCAAUUCAAGUUCAGCAACCCGAGAAAGUGCAGAAUGAUGUCCUCCUCAGUCGAAAAGUUAUUAAUCACCUGGAUAAGUCAAACUUGAAGCUCCGAUUGUAUCAAUACGAGACUUGCCCGUUCUGUUGCAAGGUUCGAGCCUUCUUAGAUUAUCACGGAUUCUCCUAUGAGGUUGUAGAAGUAAAUCCAGUCACUAGAUCACAGAUCAAGUUUAGCACAACUUAUAAAAAAGUUCCAAUUCUCAGGAGUGGCGAGACAACUAUGACCGAGUCUACUUUGAUUAUUUCCACAUUGGCAACAUAUCUUCAAAGACCCGAUCAGUCACUCGACCAGAUAAUACAAAUGUAUCCAGCAGUUGAUUCAACAAACGAGAAAGGAAAGCCAGUUCUCAACUACCCUAACAAAUUCUUCGUUAUGAAGGGAAAAGUAGACGGGGACGCAAAUAUGGCUUCUGCCAGAGAAGAGCGGGAAUGGAGAGAAUGGGUGGACAAUUGGUUCAUCCAUCUUAUUUCUCCUAAUGUAUAUCGUAAUUGGAAUGAGUCUGUCGAGACAUUCCGUUGGUUCGAACAAGUUGGCGACUGGCAUCGUACUUUUCCAGCCUGGGAGAGAGUUCUAGCGGUAUACGUGGGUGCAGCAGCAAUGUUUUUACUUUCAAAAACAUUGAAGAAAAAGCACAACAUCAAUGAUGAACGAGAAGAAUUGAGAAAGGCUUGUCGUGACUGGAUGGCAGCAAUUGGACCAAAUAGACAGUUUUUAGGAGGAGAUGAACCGAAUCUAGCUGAUCUGUCAUUAUAUGGAGCUAUGAAUUCUUUCUAUGGAUGCUCAGCGUUCAAAGAAGUUAUUUUAGAAGAAAAAAUUGCUGAAUGGUGGCGAAAAAUGGAUGCACUUGUCAAAAACCACGAUGGAAGAAAAGCAUUGGAAUCAAGAAGUCAAAAAUAAAAGAUUGAAAUUGUUAAUAUAGACUAGUCCUUGAUUUAGUGCCUUAUUGUUUGCUGUGUUUUUGUUAUCUUUCUCAUCCUAUUUGUCUUAUUGAAUCAAUUCAAUGUUUUACCAGCUAGGAUCUCAUUUUAGUUAAAAUUCUACAUUUUUCCCUCAUAAUAAACCAUGUUUUACUCUGC